UGUGUUACCAGUGACGUAGAGACUGGCCUCAACGUGAUCGCAAUCAUUCAGACGCGGUCUCAUCCGCGUUUGAACCGUCACGCGCUUCGCAGUCUCUCCCAUUGUUUUUUUUUUUCAAUCCGCAAAUUUCCAAAGUGUUCAUUAUUGCUAUUUGAAUUUUAGAGCUUCCCACCCUCCUCCGAUUAUCCUCUUUGCCAAUUAUUUUCGGGUUCUCUCCUUUUUUUUUUUCAUGAACAUUGCGCGAAUGUUUUGCGACGGAGUGAACGACGACAUGACUUCCAUCGUUGAUUAUCAUCGGAGCGAUCCAAUCCAGGGAUUUUUUCAAAUGUCACCGCUGGACAAUGAUGAUCCAUAUCCGACGAUACUGGAUAUGGAUACAACGGAGAAUAAGGAGUUUCCUUACAACAAGAGAGGAUGCGAGACCGCAAAAAAAAAGUUCUUUCUAGGGGAAGAGUUUGAUGAAGCUGAUGGAAAUGCUUGGUCCACUAAACCGAUUAAAGAGUGGAGCCAGGGUGAUACAAUAAACUGGCUCAUGUCCGCGGCUUCGCAUAUGGGACAGGCCUAUUGCUCUAUUCAACACACUCUAGCCAUUCCAGGAAGAGAUCUUAUCACUCUGACAAAGCAGGAUUUUAUAUUUCAUGAUCGAGCUUAUGGAGACAAGCUCUAUGAGCUUUUGCACUCCCAGAGAGUCUCCAACUUUUCGCCACAUUUUCCAUCAAUUCACCAGACGUCCGAGGACGAGCGCACACACACGGGAUCAUCGACUGUUUCCGAUGCAGAAUCGGAAGACAGUGUGGAGGUGUCACCGAAAAGGCCGGGUCCAGGUCGACCCAAGGGGUUCAAACAGAAAAAGAAUUCAACGAGUCAAGGCAAACUGUGGGAAUAUAUUAGGGAUCUUCUCAGAAAUCCUGAAACCUGUCCGAGCCUCAUUUGCUGGGAGGACUAUUCUCAGGCUAAAUUCAGGUUCGUCAGGAGUGAUGAAGUGGCGAAACGCUGGGGCGCCAGAAAGGGAAAUACCAAGAUGACUUAUGAGAAAUUAAGCAGGGCCAUGAGGUAUUAUUACAAGAGCAAAAUCUUCCUGCCAGUGCUGGGUCGCCGACUAGUCUACCAAUUUGGGCCUAACGCCAAGGGAUGGGAGACGGACAAUCCCAACUUUCGUCGAUGAAUUCUCCAGAAGAAAUGAUGACGAAGAUAUAAAAAAAAAAUGUGAUUCGUGACUUAAGAAUUUUUCCUCAGGAAAAUACAGAUUAAUUUUUUGAUGAAGAAUCGAAAGAAUACACGUAUUGUCGAUCGAUAUCGUGACACCAUUUCAGAUGAGUCUCUCAUCUAUAGUAUUGACACAUGGAAAUUCAGAAGUUCGUUUCCAUGAAGAAAUGGUCUUUUUUACUUUGUAUAUUUCUACAGAAUUUUAAUUUUGAAAAUAAUUUCCUGUUUGAUUGUUUAUUUGUUGUGGUAUUCCCCUCGAAUUCACUAAAUUCAGGCCACAAUUCAUGCACUUGUGAAGCUGAAUACCGAUUAGACAAAACACCGUAUUCCAAAUAAUUCAUAUAAAAUAUAAAUCAUUCACAAAGUGUAUAUUGACAUUGAAAAAUAAAUAGACCAUUU